AUGCAAGUCGAUACUGCUCCCGAGCACGCCGCCGACACCAUGCUCAGGCAUCUUUUCGGCGAGGAUCUCUCGCCAGAGGAGCUCCUGGAAUUGGAGGACGGUCUAUUUCUGUUCGAGUGCAUGGCGGAGUACACCCUAGCUGUUGGAAACACAGUCACCGCGAUACGCAAGGAAGAGUGGGCGUUUAAAGUGCGGGAGACUGAACGCCUGGUCGGCCUAGGAAGGAUAUCGCAGGCGUUGCACCGCCUCACGUCUUUGGGAUUGGCGUCAGACACUCCGGCGGUUCGAGCUGCUCUGUUGGCUAAGUUCCCAGCCAUUCCACCUGGGCGAGAAGUUGUUGGUCGUCACCCGGCAGCGCCCCCAGGACAUAUCGAAAUGGAUGUUUUUCUCCGCGCUCUUCGUUCUUUCGCUGUGGGGGUGGGGCCAGGGCCAGAUGGAUUACGUGCCGAGUUCUUGAAGUCCAUGAUUGGCGAUUCGGAAGACGACCCAGUGCUUUUGUAUAUGCGGGAUUUCGCCCAGCUCUUGGGGGAUGGAUUGGCUCCGACCUAUCUCAGGCCUUGGCUUGCAGGUGGGCAGCUGAUCGGGGUGGGUAAACACGAUAGCCUCGGACGUCCAAUUGCUUUGAUUGCUGAUGCUCGUCCCAUUGUUAUGGGCUUGACUUGGCGCAAGCUUGUUUUCAAGUGCACCUUGCAAAUGGAUAAGGCCACGCUAAGGGAACGUUUGCUCCCCGACCAAAUGGCUGUGGGUGUCGUGUGUGGGGCUGAAGCAAUGUUACACGCGACUCGCGAAUGGUUGGCGUCAAAUCGGCACCAACCGGAUUGUGUGUUGUUGCAAACUGAUAUCUCCAAUGCGUUUAAUACGCUUUUGCCUGCUCAAUUUUUGCAAGAUGCGGCAACGUAUGCUCCGGCCUCGGCGCGAUUUGCAGAGUAUUAUUACGGGACCCCAUCUCGUUUGGUAUACCAAAGAGAAUCAGUGGAAUGCGCACGGGGUCAGCAGGGAUGUCCGCUCAUGGCGCCCCUUUUUUGCUUGUCGCGUUGUCGUUUGAUUGAGGAGGCCCGGCGUAACAAUCCUCGCCCCUCCCCGGGGUUUUCGCCUGCUUUCGCGGAUGAUAGCUUUAGUGGGGGUUCGGUUGAUGAAGUUUGGGAACAAUUCCGACAAGAACUCCAACUGGCCGACGCGUACGGGCUGCAUGUGGAUCCGCGUAAAUGUACUUUGUAUUUGUUGGCGGGGGAGCGCUUCCGGGGGGACGUCUCGCGAUUCCAAUCUUUGGGUGUCCGUAAGGUCACGGGCGCGGAUGUCCUCAUGCUCAAAACGCCCAUCAGUGAGAAUGCGGAUUUCCUCCAAUCCUUCCAGGAAGAGAAACAGGGAGA